UGUAUUACUAUACGUGAGGCCAUCGGGGAGCUAUGGCUUAGGGUGUGAUACGGAUCAGUCGAUGAUGACAUUUUCCCGUAUGGCGUUUGGAGCUUAUAUACCGUCUUACUUCACGUUUUCUCCGAGAAGGCAAUAACCUCCAUCUAUACCCGAACAGCUUCAACAUAAUAUCUUAUCUAUUCAUCUAUCUAUCAUAUACGAACUCGCAAACAGCAAUUGAGCCAGGCGCUCAUGCAAAGAGAGAAGAAAUGGCACAAAUAUCACAAUCUCCCCUCCUCCGCUUACCACUUGAAAUCCGUCUAAUGAUCUAUGAAUACGCCCUGGAUGUGCCAAACGAGUACAUGGACAGACCGCUGAUCGUGGUCAACGAUCGCGGGAACUCCUUCACAGCGCGGGGCCGCUACCGCGCUCUAUCAAUGUGUCCCAGCUGGGUAGGCGAGAAUGGUAAAGUCCGCAGCCUGCUCUCCGUGAACCGGCAAAUCCACGACGAAGUCGAAGACUUCCUCUACUCGCACAAUACGCUUUUCUUCCUGAAUGCGUUUAGUCUGGACCGGCUGGGCGCGUUCCUGGAUACACUUAGUGAGACGGCACGCAGGCGCAUUCGCAGCGUCGGCUUUGAGAUCUUCUUCUUUGUGCAUUCGCAGACGGGCGUGCCGAAGCGGACCUUGAAGGAGUAUGAGCGCGCCGGGAAGAUUCUGAGCGAGAAGCUGCCAAAUUGGAGCAGUGUUGUGUUUUACCUUGAUCCGAGGUUUUAUUUCCCGUCGGCUGCUGUUGGGGGCAGGGAGCUGUCGGCUAGGGGCGUUUGGUAUCUGGCGACGAAGUUUGGGGCGAUGAGGAAAGAGAUGCAGUUUUUCGCGCUGCCGUCUAUUCAUCGGCAUGUUAUGGAUGAGGCCAAGAGGAAGAUUCAGAUGGGGAGGAGGGGGUCGCAGGAGCGCGCGUUUCUUUAGCCUGUGAUCCUUCUCUUAUUUUUCUCUUUUUUAUUACCUUUUUCUUGAUUUCCCCCUUUUGGAUGGGGUUCAUUAUCAGGUUUUCGAUGCAUUAUACCUAGUCGCACUCUCCGCUUCAGGGGGCUUUCUGGGGUUUCACUUGGGGAUUUCAAGGGUGGGGAAAGCCUUAUCCCUGUGGAUUGGCGGUCGAUGCGCCAUGACGUUUUUCGAAAUUUGAUGCGGAGAUAAUAACGUCUCUGUUCAUUCUCCACCCACCAUGUUAAUUAUGUCUCGGAGUCCCUUCAUCGGUCAGGAUCAUUAGCGGGAGUUUUCGAGUCAGCUGAGAUUGGCAAGGAAAUCAUGGUUUCGGGCGCAAGGAUC